GUAUAAAAGUAUAAAUGUUGUGAAUCGUCCCUUACACAAACAUUUUCACGAUGAGGAGAGUAUUCAUUUGUGCUUUAGUAAUUUGCUUUUCUCAAAGCCACGCUUUUGUGAGCGUGCCGUUAGUGAAAAUUAAAGAACAUCUUCCUCUCGAUCCGAUCGAAACAAAAAGUACAUAUCGAAACUUUAUGUCUUUGUAUGCUGGGCCAGGGGGAACUCGAGUCAAAUCACCUUUGGAAAACUAUAGAAAUUCACAAUAUUUUGGAACAAUAUCCCUUGGAACUCCACGACAAAGCUUUCUUGUGAUAUUCGAUACUGGGUCUUCAAACUUAUGGGUGCCUUCUUCGAGCUGCACAUCGUUUAUUUGUAAAAAACACAAACGUUAUGAUGAAAAUUCAUCUUCAACAUACAUAAAAAAUGGGAAAUUAUUCCGGAUCAAUUACAUAAAAGGAAAAAUGGUUGGAAUUCUUUCUUCAGAUACGUUAAGAAUAGGUCAACUUGCUGUAGAGAACGUAACUUUUGGAGAGGCGAUACAUUUCCCCGGAAUGGGAUUGGAAAGUCUAAGGGCCGACGGAGUUUUCGGCUUGGGUUUUCCAGAAAAUGCAGUCGCCAACGUUCGACCUCCUUUUUAUUUCAUGAUGGAUCAAGGGCUCCUCAGUCAAAACCUCUUCUCCUUCUAUUUAAACAGAGAUCAAGACGACCAGAACGGCGGAGAAAUUGUGUUGGGAGGUUGGAACGCCGACUUGUUUGAUCCAAAAGAUAUCGACUAUAUCCCUCUUAAUGAUAAAAAAACAUGGCAAUUUUCCAUAGAAAGGAUUUCCGUCGGAAAAGGCUAUAAUCAAACCGAUAUAGCCAAAAAAUUAUUUAAAAGGAGCUAUGAUGGUCUUGCUGACACUGGAACGUCAACUAUAAUUGGACCGUCUAUGUAUGUACGAAAGAUACACAAUGCGAUUGGAGUAACUGAGUCUGGAUUUUAUGAAACCGUGGAUUGCAGCAUUGUAGACAGUCUACCAGACGUUACUUUCCAUAUCAAAGGUAAACCGUACAUUCUGGGUCCGAGGGAUUACAUCAAAUUUAGGGAAGAUGAUGUGUGCAUCACAAAUUUCAGGUCAAUCCCCUACUCUAAUCAUCCAUGGAUUCUCGGUGAUGCUUUUCUUGGAAAGUUCUACACGAUCUUUAACGUCGAGGAGAGAUCAGUAGCAUUUGCUCCACUCAAGAAAAACAAGAAGAAUUAGUGCUAUUAUUAUUACGUUUUUAAUAACUCUGAUUAUUGUAAUAUAAUCUAAUCCCUAGAGCAAAAACGUUAUGGGAUAUAUUAAAUUAUAAUAUUUAUAAUAUGUAUUUUUGAUGUUGAUUUUUAAAAGGUUUUAACAAUUUAGAAACAUAAACACUGCAAUUUUAAACAACAAUGUAUCAUAGUAUUAUACAAACAAAUAUAUUGUUUAUAGAUUAUUUA